GGGAGAGGAUCCCAGCCGCCGAGUCGCAGCCUCGUCGCUGUCUGCUGAGUCAUGGCAAGCGCUCCCCGCAGCCCUGGAUCACUCGCGUAGCGCGGCUGGCGCGGGGUGCGCAGCCAUUGGGCUGGGCGCGGGGCCGCGAGCGCCGGGCAUGACGCGCUGAGCCGCGCUCACCCGUGCCCGCCGUCCCGGCGUGCGCCCCGCGCGGGUGCCUGUGCCGCCGCCCUCCAGCCCCGCCGUCAAGUCGCCCUCGCCUCGCCCGCACCAUGAUCGCCGCGGCUUUCCUCGUCUUGCUGAGACCCUACAGCAUCCAAUGUGCCCUCUUCCUCUUGUUGCUUCUGCUGGGCACCAUCGCCACCAUCGUCUUCUUCUGCUGCUGGCACCGCAAGCUCCAGAAAGGGAGGCAUCCGAUGAAAUCGGUCUUCUCGGGUCGUUCAAGAAGCCGAGAUGCUGUUUUGAGAUCGCACCACUUUCGUUCUGAGGGAUUCAGAGCAAGCCCUCGGCAUCUUAGAAGACGAGUUGCAGCGGCCGCAGCUGCCCGUCUGGAAGAAGUGAAGCCCGUGGUGGAAGUUCCCCAUCAGAGUGAGCAGGAAACUUCAGUGAGGAAACGAAGAAUCAAGAAGAGCAGCCGAGUCCAGCCAGAAUUUUAUCACUCUGUUCAAGGUGCUUCGAUCAGGAGGCCUAGUUCCGGGAACGCGUCCUAUCGCUGCUCUAUGUCUUCCUCUGCGGAUUUUUCUGAUGAGGAUGAUUUCAGCCAGAAAUCUGGCUCCGCAUCCCCAGCUCCGGGAGACACCUUACCCUGGAAUUUGCCUAAACAUGAGAGAUCGAAAAGAAAGAUUCAAGGGGGCUCAGUGCUGGACCCUGCUGAGAGGGCAGUGCUUCGGAUAGCAGAUGAACGGGACAAAGUUCAGAAAAAAACAUUUACAAAAUGGAUAAAUCAGCAUCUCAUGAAGGUUCGAAAACAUGUGAAUGAUCUCUAUGAAGACUUAAGGGAUGGACACAAUUUGAUUUCUCUUUUAGAGGUUCUUUCAGGAGAUACCUUGCCAAGGGAGCGAGAUUUUUUGAAGACCUUACGAUUGGUGAGUGCAACAGAAGCAUGCGAAUAUGAACAGCAUGAGGAUGUGGAGGAUGAGGAUAAGGGGCCCAGAGAAAAAGGUCGGAUGCGUUUUCACAGACUACAGAAUGUACAAAUUGCACUUGACUAUUUGAAAAGACGCCAGGUGAAAUUAGUGAAUAUUAGAAAUGAUGACAUAACAGAUGGAAAUCCCAAAUUGACUUUGGGAUUAAUCUGGACAAUAAUUUUGCACUUUCAGAUAUCUGAUAUCCAUGUUACUGGAGAGUCAGAGGAUAUGUCUGCGAAAGAGAGAUUGCUACUCUGGACGCAGCAGGCAACAGAGGGUUAUGCUGGAAUUCGGUGUGAAAAUUUCACUACCUGCUGGAGAGAUGGAAAAUUAUUUAAUGCCAUCAUUCAUAAAUACAGGCCGGACCUGAUAGAUAUGAAUACUGUUGCUGUUCAAAGCAACCUUGCAAAUUUAGAGCAUGCUUUUUACGUAGCAGAAAAAAUUGGUGUUAUAAGACUUCUGGACCCUGAAGAUGUCGAUGUCUCCUCACCUGAUGAAAAAUCAGUAAUAACUUAUGUGUCAUCUCUCUAUGAUGCAUUUCCUAAAGUCCCUGAAGGUGGGGAAGGCAUUGGUGCAAAUGAUGUUGAAGUCAAAUGGAUUGAAUACCAGAAUAUGGUGAACUACCUCAUCCAAUGGAUUAGACACCAUGUGACCACAAUGUCUGAGAGAACAUUUCCUAAUAAUCCUGUAGAACUGAAGGCACUUUAUAAUCAGUAUUUACAGUUUAAAGAAACAGAAAUUCCACCAAAGGAGACAGAAAAAUCAAAAAUUAAACGUCUAUAUAAAUUAUUAGAGAUUUGGAUAGAAUUUGGACGCAUCAAGCUCCUUCAAGGUUAUCAUCCAAAUGACAUAGAAAAAGAGUGGGGGAAACUCAUUAUUGCCAUGCUUGAGAGAGAGAAGGCCCUUCGUCCAGAAGUAGAAAGGUUAGAAAUGUUGCAACAGAUUGCCAACCGAGUUCAGAGGGACAGUGUCAUCUGUGAAGACAAACUAAUUCUUGCUCGGAAUGCUCUUCAGUCUGAUUCUAAAAGAUUAGAAUCAGGAGUGCAGUUUCAGAAUGAAGCAGAAAUUGCUGGGUAUAUACUUGAAUGUGAGAACCUUUUACGCCAGCAUGUAAUUGAUGUACAGAUUCUUAUUGAUGGAAAAUACUACCAGGCAGAUCAAUUGGUACAGAGGGUUGCAAAACUGCGUGACGAAAUUAUGGCCUUAAGGAACAAAUGUUCUUCUGUGUACAGCAAAGGACGCACGCUGACAACAGAACAGACAAAGCUCAUGAUAUCAGGAAUCACUCAAAGUUUAAACUCAGGAUUUGCACAGACCUUACACCCUAGUCUGACCUCAGGGCUGACCCAGAGUUUAACACCUUCCCUAACCUCUUCUAGUAUGACUUCUGGCCUGUCAUCAGGGAUGACUUCCCACCUGACUCCAUCUGUAACUCCAGCUUAUACACCUGGUUUCCCAUCAGGAUUAGUUCCAAAUUUCAGUUCAGGAGUAGAGCCAAAUUCAUUGCAAACUCUGAAGUUGAUGCAGAUCCGAAAACCCCUUCUGAAGUCUUCUUUGCUGGAUCAAAAUUUAACAGAAGAGGAAAUCAACAUGAAAUUUGUUCAGGAUCUUUUGAAUUGGGUUGAUGAGAUGCAGGUACAACUGGAGCGCACUGAGUGGGGCUCAGAUUUGCCAAGUGUUGAAAGCCAUUUAGAAAAUCAUAAAAAUGUUCAUAGAGCUAUUGAAGAAUUUGAAUCUAGCCUCAAAGAAGCUAAAAUCAGUGAGAUUCAAAUGACAGCACCUCUUAAACUGACUUAUGCAGAAAAGUUGCACAGAUUAGAGAGUCAGUAUGCAAAACUCUUGAAUACAUCCAGGAAUCAAGAACGGCACCUUGAUACACUCCAUAAUUUUGUAAGUCGUGCGACUAAUGAACUUAUUUGGUUGAAUGAAAAAGAAGAGGAAGAAGUUGCUUAUGACUGGAGUGAGAGAAACACCAGCAUAGCUAGGAAAAAAGAUUAUCAUGCUGAAUUAAUGAGAGAACUUGAUCAAAAGGAAGAAAAUAUUAAAUCAGUUCAGGAGAUAGCAGAGCAGCUACUUCUAGAAAAUCAUCCAGCCCGGUUAACUAUUGAGGCCUACAGAGCAGCAAUGCAGACGCAGUGGAGCUGGAUCUUACAGCUCUGCCAGUGUGUGGAGCAGCACAUAAAGGAGAACACAGCAUAUUUCGAGUUUUUCAAUGAUGCCAAAGAAGCUACUGAUUACUUAAGGAAUCUAAAAGAUGCCAUUCAGCGGAAGUACAGCUGUGAUAGAUCAAGCAGCAUUCACAAGCUAGAAGACCUUGUUCAGGAAUCAAUGGAAGAGAAAGAAGAACUUCUGCAGUACAAAAGCACUAUAGCAAGCCUAAUGGGAAAAGCAAAAACAAUAAUUCAACUGAAGCCAAGGAAUUCUGAGUGUCCACUCAAAACUUCUAUUCCAAUCAAAGCUAUCUGUGACUACAGACAAAUUGAGAUAACCAUUUACAAAGACGAUGAAUGUGUUUUGGCGAAUAACUCUCAUCGUGCUAAAUGGAAGGUCAUUAGUCCUACUGGGAAUGAGGCUAUGGUCCCAUCUGUGUGCUUCACCGUUCCUCCACCAAACAAAGAAGCGGUGGACUUUGCCAACAGAAUUGAGCAACAGUAUCAGAAUGUCCUGACUCUUUGGCAUGAGUCUCACAUAAACAUGAAGAGUGUAGUAUCCUGGCAUUAUCUCAUCAAUGAAAUUGAUAGAAUUCGAGCUAGCAAUGUGGCUUCAAUAAAGACAAUGCUACCUGGUGAACAUCAGCAAGUUCUAAGUAAUCUGCAAUCUCGUUUUGAAGAUUUUCUGGAAGAUAGCCAGGAAUCCCAAGUCUUUUCAGGCUCAGAUAUAACACAACUGGAAAAGGAGGUUAAUGUAUGUAAGCAGUAUUAUCAAGAACUUCUUAAAUCUGCAGAAAGAGAGGAGCAAGAGGAAUCAGUUUAUAAUCUCUACAUCUCUGAAGUUCGAAACAUUAGACUUCGGUUAGAGAACUGUGAAGAUCGGCUGAUUAGACAGAUUCGAACUCCCCUGGAAAGAGAUGAUUUGCAUGAAAGUGUGUUCAGAAUCACAGAACAGGAGAAACUAAAGAAAGAGCUGGAACGACUUAAAGAUGAUUUGGGAACAAUCACAAAUAAGUGUGAGGAGUUUUUCAGUCAAGCAGCAGCCUCUUCAUCAGUCCCUACCCUACGAUCAGAGCUUAAUGUUGUCCUUCAGAACAUGAACCAAGUCUAUUCUAUGUCUUCCACUUACAUAGAUAAGUUGAAAACUGUUAACUUGGUGUUAAAAAACACUCAAGCUGCAGAAGCCCUUGUGAAACUCUAUGAAACUAAAUUGUGUGAAGAAGAAGCAGUUAUAGCUGACAAGAAUAAUAUCGAGAAUCUAAUAAGUACUUUAAAGCAAUGGAGAUCUGAAGUAGAUGAAAAGAGACAGGUAUUCCAUGCAUUAGAGGAUGAGUUGCAGAAAGCUAAAGCCAUCAGUGAUGAAAUGUUCAAAACGUAUAAAGAACGGGACCUUGAUUUUGACUGGCACAAAGAAAAAGCAGAUCAAUUAGUCGAAAGAUGGCAAAAUGUUCAUGUGCAGAUUGACAACAGGUUACGGGACUUAGAGGGCAUUGGCAAAUCACUGAAGUACUACAGAGAUACUUACCAUCCUUUAGAUGAUUGGAUCCAGCAGGUUGAAACUAGUCAGAGAAAGAUUCAGGAAAAUCAGCCUGAAAAUAGUAAAACCCUAGCCACACAGUUGAAUCAACAGAAGAUGCUGGUGUCUGAAAUAGAAAUGAAACAGAGCAAAAUGGAUGAGUGUCAAAAAUAUGCAGAACAGUACUCAGCUACAGUGAAGGACUAUGAAUUACAAACAAUGACCUACCGGGCCAUGGUAGAUUCACAACAAAAAUCUCCAGUGAAACGCCGAAGAAUGCAGAGUUCAGCAGAUCUCAUUAUUCAAGAGUUCAUGGACCUAAGGACUCGGUAUACUGCCCUGGUCACUCUCAUGACACAAUAUAUUAAAUUUGCGGGUGAUUCAUUGAAGAGGCUGGAAGAGGAGGAGAAGUCACUGGAAGAAGAAAAGAAAGAGCAUGUCGAAAAAGCCAAAGAAUUGCAAAAAUGGGUAUCAAAUAUCAGCAAGACAUUGAAAGAUGCAGAGAAGGCUGGAAAACCUCCCUUCUCUAAGCAAAAGAUUUCCAGUGAGGAAAUAUCAACCAAGAAGGAACAAUUAUCGGAAGCACUUCAAACUAUGCAGCUUUUUUUGGCAAAACAUGGAGACAAGAUGACAGAUGAAGAAAGAAAUGAAUUGGAAAAACAAGUGAAAACUCUUCAAGAAAGUUAUAAUUUAUUAUUCAGUGAAUCUCUGAAACAGCUACAAGAAUCACAAACCUCAGGAGAUGUAAAGGUAGAGGAGAAGCUGGAUAAAGUGAUUGCAGGCACCAUUGAUCAGACAACUGGAGAAGUCCUUUCAGUCUUUCAAGCAGUUUUAAGAGGCCUCAUUGACUAUGACACAGGAAUUAGGUUGCUUGAGACACAGCUAAUGAUUUCUGGUCUAAUUUCACCAGAAUUAAGAAAAUGCUUUGACCUUAAAGAUGCCAAAAGUCAUGGACUUAUUGAUGAACAAAUUCUGUGCCAACUCAAAGAACUAAAUAAAGCUAAGGAGAUUAUUUCUGCUGCGUCACCUACCACAAUUCCAGUACUGGAUGCUCUAGCUCAAAGCAUGAUAUCAGAAUCCAUGGCCAUCAAAGUUCUUGAGAUACUACUUUCUACAGGCUCUCUGGUUAUUCCAGCCACAGGAGAACAGUUGACCCUACAGAAGGCUUUCCAACAGAACUUGGUUUCCUCAGCAUUAUUUUCUAAAGUUCUGGAAAGGCAAAAUAUGUGCAAAGAUCUGAUUGACCCCUGCACCUCUGAGAAGGUUUCUUUAAUAGAUAUGGUACAAAGAAGUACUUUACAGGAAAACACAGGGAUGUGGCUUCUACCUGUGAGACCACAAGAAGGAGGUAGAAUAACAUUAAAAUGUGGAAGAAACAUAAGCAUUUUAAGAGCAGCUCAUGAAGGUCUCAUAGACCGUGAAACCAUGUUUAGGUUGUUAAGUGCACAGCUUCUUUCUGGAGGUCUGAUCAAUUCCAACUCUGGCCAAAGAAUGACUGUUGAAGAAGCUGUCAGAGAAGGGGUGAUUGACAGGGACACCGCUAGCAGUAUCCUCACGUAUCAGGUUCAAACUGGUGGAAUCAUCCAGUCAAACCCUGCCAAGCGUUUAACUGUAGACGAAGCAGUACAGUGUGAUUUAAUAACUUCCAGCAGUGCUCUUCUGGUACUGGAAGCUCAGCGAGGCUAUGUUGGACUCAUUUGGCCCCAUUCUGGUGAAAUAUUUCCCACAUCAUCUUCCUUGCAGCAAGAAUUGAUUACAAAUGAAUUGGCCUACAAAAUCCUGAAUGGCAGGCAAAAAAUAGCUGCUCUUUAUAUUCCAGAAAGUUCUCAAGUUAUUGGUUUGGAUGCUGCUAAACAGCUAGGAAUUAUAGACAAUAACACAGCAUCAAUUUUAAAAAAUAUAGUACUGCCUGAUAAAAUGCCAGAUUUAGGAGAUUUAGAAGCUUGUAAAAAUGCCAGAAGAUGGCUCUCUUUUUGUAAAUUUCAACCCUCCACAGUUCAUGAUUACAGACAAGAAGAGGAUGUUUUUGAUGAAGAACCUGUCACUACUCAGACCUCAGAACAAACUAAAAAAUUAUUUCUAUCUUAUUUAAUGAUAAAUAGCUAUAUGGAUGCAAACACAGGGCAAAGGCUUUUGCUGUACGAUGGAGACUUGGUUGAGGCUGUUGGCAUGCUACUGGAAGGCUGUCAUGCAGAAUUUGAUGAAGACACAGCCAUAAAAGAAUGUCUCGAUGUGUUAAGCUCAUCUGGUGUAUUUCUUAAUAAUGCUUCAGGUAGAGAAAAGGAUGAAUGUACAGCUACACCAAGUAGUUUCAAUAAAUGUCACUGUGGAGAACCUGAACAUGAAGAGACUCCUGAAAAUAGAAAGUGUGCUAUAGAUGAAGAAUUUAAUGAAAUGAGAAAUAAUGUUAUCAACAGUGAAUUUGCUCAGUCAGGAAAACUGGCAAGUACAGUAUCAAUUGAUCCUAGAGUUAACAGUUCACCCAGUGUGUGUGUUCCCAGUCCCAUAUCGCAUUUAACACAGACUGAACUUGCAGACAUUAGCAUGCUUAGAAGUGACUCCGAAAACAUACUUACAAACUAUGAAAAUCAAAGCCGAGUGGAAACAAAUGAACGUGCAAAUGAAUGUAGUCAUUCUAAAAACAUUCAAAACUUUCCAAGUGAUUUAAUAGAAAAUCCUAUUAUGAAAUCAAAAAUGAGUAAAUUCUGUGGUGUGAAUGAAACAGAGAAUGAAGAUAAUACAAACAGGGAUUCACCUAUGUUUGACUAUUCCCCGAGGCUAAGUGCCUUGUUAAGUCAUGAUAAAUUGAUGCACAGUCAGGGAAGUUUUAAUGAUACACACACCCCAGAGAGCAAUGGAAAUAAGUGUGAAGCCCCAACCUUGUCAUUCAGCGACAAAACCACGUUAUCAGGUCAAAGAAUAGGAGAAAAAUUUCAAGACCAGUUUCUGGGAAUUGCAGCUAUUAACAUCAGUUUACCGGGAGAGCAGUAUGGACAGAAAUCUUUAAAUAUGACUUCUAGUAAUCCUCAAGUACAAUAUCACAAUGAUAAAUACAUUUCAAAUACUUCCGGUGAGGAUGAGAAAACACAUCCUGGUUUUCAGCAGACGCCUGAAGACGAGGAAAAUGAGUCUGAAAUAGAAGAGUAUUCCUGUGCUUUGACUCCAGGGGGUGAUACUGAUAAUGCCGUUGUGUCUCUUACUUGUGCUACACCAUUGCUUGAUGAAACCAUCAGUGCUAGUGACUAUGAAACGUCACUGCUGAAUGAUCAGCAGAAUGACACAGGAACAGACACUGAUAGUGAUGAUGAUUUUUAUGAUACUCCCUUGUUUGAAGAUGAUGAUCAUGAUUCUCUGCUUCUUGAUGGUGACGAUCGUGAUUGCCUGCACCCUGAGGACUACGACACACUGCAAGAGGAAAACGAUGAGACAGCUUCUCCUGCUGAUGUUUUUUAUGAUGUCUUAAAAGAGAAUGAAAAUUCCAUGGUUCCCCAGGGGGCACUAGUUGGUAGAUUAAGUGUGAAGGACAAAGCACAGUGUCUUCAGGAUUUCCUCAUGGAUGUUGAGAAAGAUGAAUUAGAUUCUGGUGAAAAAAUACAUUCAAAUCCCAUUGGCUCAGAUACGGUGAAUGGACAGUCACUGGAAACUGGAUCAGAAAGGGAAUGCACAAAUAUCCUUGAAGGUGAUGAAUCUGACUCAUUGACUGAUUAUGAUAUUGUAGGAGGAAAAGAGAGCUUCAUUGCAUCAUUAAAAUUUGAUGACAGUGGCAGUUGGAGAGGAAGAAAGGAAGAGUAUGUAACUGGACAGGAAUUUCACUGUGAUACUGAUCAUUUAGAUUCUAUGCAAAGUGAAGAAAGUUAUGGGGAUUAUAUAUAUGACAGUAAUGAUCAGGAUGACGAUGAUGAUGAUGGCAUUGAUGAAGAAGGAGGAGGUAUAAGAGAUGAGAAUGGAAAGCUCAGGUGCCAAGAUGUGGCGGAAGAUACGGAUAUCCAGUUGUGUGCCUCUAUUGUAAAUGAAAACAGUGAUGAAAAUGAAAAUAUUAAUUCAAUGAUUCUUCUGGAUAAAAUGCACAGUUGUAGCUCUUUAGAAAAACAGCAAAGGGUAAAUGUUGUACAGCUAGCAUCACCUAGUGAAAAUAGCUUAGUUACUGAAAAAAGCAACCUUCCAGAAUAUACAACUGAGACUGUUGGAAAAAGCAAAGAAAAUCUGUUGAAUCAUGAGAUGGUACUUAAGGAUGUAUUGCUGCCUAUCAUUAAAGACACUGAAUCUGAAAAAACUUUUGGCCCUGCAAGUAUUUCACAUAAUAAUAAUAUCAAUUCAACUUCUGAAUUAGGUAAUGAUCUAGCAAACACAAAGUUUAAGUUGAUUCAAGGGUCAGAAUUGCCAGAAUUGGCUGAUUCUGUGAAAGGUAAAGAUGAAUAUUUUAAGAACAUGACACCAAAAGUUGACUCAUCUCUUGAUCACAUCAUUUGUACUGAGCCUGAUUUAAUAGGAAAACCUGCUGAGGAAAGCCAUUUGUCAUCGAUAGCCUCUGUAACUGACAAAGAUCCUCAAGGGAAUGGAAGCGAUCUCAUUAAAGGGAGAGAUGGCAAAAGUGAUAUUCUAAUAGAAGAUGAAAUGUCAAUUCAGAAAAUUUACUUGGGUGAAGGAGAAGUGCUUGUAGAAGGUCUAGUAGAAGAAGAAAAUAGGCAUCUCAAACUUUUGCCUGGUAAAAAUACAAGGGAUGGUUUCAAGUUAAUUAAUAGUCAGUUUCCAUUUCCACAAAUCACAAACAGUGAAGAACUUAGUCAGAAAGGAAACCUUAAAAAAGCAACUGUAACUCUUAAAGAUGAACCAAAUAAUCUACAAAUAAUAGUUAGUAAAAGUCCUGUUCAGUUUGAGAAUCUUGAAGAAAUUUUUGACACAUCAGUUUCCAAAGAGAUUAGUGAUGACAUCACUUCAGACAUUACAUCGUGGGAAGGGAAUACACAUUUUGAGAAGGAGUCAUUCACUGAUGGACCUGAGAAAGAACUUGAUCUGUUUACUUAUUUAAAACAUUGUGCUAAAAAUAUAAAAGCAAAAGAUGUAGCCAAACCAAAUGAAGAUGUCCCAAGCCAUGUUUUAAUAACUGCCCCUCCCAUGAAAGAACAUUUACAAUUAGGAGUUAAUAAUACAAAAGAGAAGUCCAUUAGUACUCAAAAAGACUCACCUCUUAAUGAGAUGAUCCAAAGUAAUGAUCUUUGUAGUAAAGAAAGCAUCUCAGGAGGACGAACAGAAAUUUCUCAGUUUACACCAGAAAGUAUUGAAGCCACACUUUCAAUAUUAUCUCAUAAACAUGUAGAAGAUGUUGGGAAAAAUGAUUUUCUGCAGUCGGAGCGGUGUGCAAAUGGAUUAGGAAAUGAUAACUCCAGUAACACUUUAAAUGCUGACUAUUCAUUCUUAGAAAUUAAGAAAGAAAGAAUUGAGCGACAGCUACCAAAAGAACAAGCCUUGUCUCCAAGAUCCCAAGAAAAGGAGGUUCAGAUUCCUGAAUUGUCUCAGGUAUUUGUGGAGGAUGUAAAGGAUAUCUUAAAAAGCAGUUUGAAAGAAGAUCAUAUGAACCCUCAAGAGGUUGAAGAACCUUCAGCCUGUGCAGACACUAAAAUUUUAAUUCAAAAUUUAAUUAAAAGGAUUACCACAUCACAGUUGGUAAAUGAAGCCUCUACUGUGCCCAGCGACUCUCAAAUGAGUGACUCUUCUGGAGUUUCCCCCGUGAAUAACUCAUCAGAACUAAAGGCAGAAAGUAGAGAUGAUCCUUUCUGUACUGGAAGUCUUAAGUCUGAGCUUCUCCUUAAUAUAUUGAAGCAAGAUCAACAUAGCCAAAAAAUUACAGGAGUAUUUGAAUUGAUGAGAGAAUUAACUCAUAUGGAGUAUGACCUAGAGAAAAGAGGCAUUACAUCUAAAGUACUUCCACUGCAACUUGAAAAUAUUUUCUACAAACUGCUUGCUGAUGGAUAUUCAGAAAAAAUAGAACAUGUUGGAGACUUUAAUCAAAAAGCAUGUUCUACAUCUGAGAUGAUGGAAGAAAAGCCACACAUUCUUGGUGAUGUUAAAAGGAAAGAAGGAAACCAGUAUUCUCCUAAUUUAGAAACUGUAAAAGAAAUUGGACUAGAAAGCUCUGCUGUGUGUGCAUCAACAUUGCCAAGAGAUGAGAAGCUCAAGGAUCUGUGUAAUGAUUUCCCAAGUCAUUUGGAAUGUACUUCAGGGUCAAAAGAAAUGGCUUCUGGAGAUAGCUCAACUGAACAAUUUUCCAGUGAAUUACAGCAGUGUUUACAGCACACUGAAAAAAUGCAUGAGUAUUUGACAUUGCUUCAAAAUAUGAAACCCCCCUUACACAACCAGGAAUCUCUGGAUAACAACUUGGAAGCUUUGAAGAAUCAACUUAGACAGUUGGAGACAUUUGAAUUGGGAUUAGCUCCAAUUGCUGUUAUUUUAAGAAAAGAUAUGAAGUUGGCAGAAGAGUUUUUAAAGUCUCUUCCCAGUGACUUUCCCAGAGGACAUCUUGAAGAACUGAGUAUUAGCCACCAGAGUUUGAAGACCGCCUUCUCUUCCCUCAGCAACGUGUCUUCCGAAAGAACGAAACAGAUCAUGCUUGCGAUUGACUCUGAAAUGUCUAAACUAGCAGUUUCCCAUGAAGAAUUUCUGCAUAAACUUAAGUCAUUCUCAGAUUGGAUAUCAGAGAAGAGCAAAUCUGUGAAGGAUGUUGAGAUUGUGAAUGUUCAAGAUUCUGAAUAUGUAAAGAAACGUUUGGAGUUUCUCAAGAAUGUAUUAAAAGACCUUGGACAUACCAAAAUGCAGCUGGAGACUACUGCCUUCGAUGUGCAGUUCUUCAUUUCUGAAUUUGCACAGGAUCUGUCUCCCAACCAAAGCAAACAACUGCUGAGGCUCUUAAAUACAACUCAGAAGUGUUUUCUUGAUGUACAGGAGUCAGUAACUACCCAGGUGGAACGUUUAGAGACUCAGUUACAUCUAGAACAAGAUCUUGAUGAUCAGAAGAUUGUAGCAGAGCGUCAGCAGGAGUAUAAAGAGAAACUCCAAGGGAUAUGUGAUCUUCUUACCCAAACUGAAAACCGCCUAAUUGGUCACCAAGAAGCCUUCAUGAUUGGAGAUGGCACAGUUGAGUUAAAGAAAUAUCAGUCCAAGCAAGAGGAAUUACAGAAAGAUAUGCAAGGAAGUGCACAGGCAUUGGCUGAAGUAGUGAAAAACACAGAGAACUUCUUAAAAGAGAAUGGUGAAAAGCUGUCACGGGAAGAUAAGGCUUUGAUUGAACAGAAACUUAAUGAAGCUAAGAUAAAGUGUGAACAGCUUAAUUUAAAAGCAGAACAGUCUAAAAAGGAGCUGGAUAAAGUCGUGACAACAGCAAUCAAGGAAGAAACUGAAAAGGUUGCAGCGGUGAAGCAGCUGGAAGAGAGCAAAACCAAAAUAGAAAACCUUUUGGACUGGUUGUCAAAUGUUGACAAAGACUCAGAAAGGGCAGGGACAAAACACAAACAGGUAAUCGAACAGAACGGGACCCAUUUUCGAGAAGGUGAUGGCAAGUCAGCAAUUGGAGAAGAGGAUGAAGUUAAUGGUAACCUGUUGGAGACUGAUGUUGAUGGACAAGUUGGAACCACUCAGGAGAAUCUGAAUCAGCAAUAUCAGAAAGUUAAGGCCCAACACGAGAAGAUCAUCUCUCAGCACCAAGCAGUCAUCAUAGCCACUCAGUCUGCACAAGUGUUGCUUGAGAAACAGGGUCAGUAUCUUUCUCCUGAAGAAAAAGAGAAACUGCAAAAGAACAUGAAGGAACUGAAAGCGCAUUAUGAAACUGCACUGGCUGAGUCAGAGAAGAAAAUGAAGUUAACUCACUCUCUGCAGGAAGAAUUAGAAAAGUUUGAUGCUGACUAUACCGAGUUUGAGCACUGGCUACAGCAGUCAGAACAAGAACUUGAAAACCUGGAGGCAGGUGCAGAUGACAUCAAUGGUUUAAUGACCAAAUUGAAGAGGCAGAAGAGUUUCUCAGAAGACGUUAUUUCUCACAAGGGUGACUUGAGAUACAUCACAAUUUCUGGAAACAGAGUGUUGGAAGCUGCCAAAUCUUGCAGCAAGAGAGACGGUGGCAAGGUUGAUACUUCUGCAACCCACAGAGAAGUGCAGCGCAAGUUGGAUCAUGCUACUGAUCGGUUCAGGUCUCUCUACUCUAAGUGCAAUGUUCUUGGAAAUAAUCUUAAAGAUCUGGUGGAUAAAUAUCAACACUAUGAAGAUGCUUCAUGUGGACUUCUUGCUGGACUCCAGGCCUGUGAGGCCACAGCGAGCAAACACUUAUCUGAACCUAUUGCGGUGGACCCCAAAAAUCUUCAAAGGCAAUUAGAAGAGACCAAGGCUCUGCAAGGACAGAUAUCAAGUCAGCAGGUUGCUGUAGAGAAACUGAAGAAAACGGCUGAAGUGCUUUUAGAUGCCAGGGGAUCUUUACUUCCAGCCAAGAAUGAUAUCCAGAAAACACUUGAUGACAUUGUUGGGAGAUACGAGGAUCUGUCCAAGUCUGUUAAUGAACGAAAUGAGAAACUGCAGAUAACUUUGACCCGUUCACUGAGUGUGCAGGAUGGCUUGGAUGAAAUGCUGGACUGGAUGGGAAGUGUGGAAAGUUCUCUGAAAGAACAAGGUCAAGUGCCUUUAAACUCUGCUGCUCUUCAGGAUAUCAUCAGCAAAAACAUUAUGUUGGAACAGGAUAUUGCAGGUCGUCAGAGCAGUAUAAAUGCCAUGAAUGAAAAAGUGAAGAAAUUUACGGAAACAACAGAUCCAUCCACUGCAUCCUCACUGCAAGCCAAAAUGAAAGACUUGUCUGCUCGGUUUUCAGAAGCAAGUCAUAAACACAAAGAAACUCUUGCCAAAAUGGAGGAGCUAAAAACCAAAGUAGAACUGUUUGAGAACCUCUCAGAAAAGCUCCAGACAUUUUUAGAAACAAAAACUCAGGCUCUUACUGAAGUAGAUGUGCCAGGAAAAGAUGUUACCGAAUUGUCUCAGUAUAUGCAGGAAUCAACUUCUGAAUUUUUAGAACACAAGAAAGAUCUUGAAGUUUUGCAUAGUCUCUUGAAGGAGAUAUCCAGCCAUGGCUUACCAAGUGAUAAGGCUUUGGUCUUGGAAAAAACAAAUAAUUUGUCAAAGAAAUUCAAGGAAAUGGAGGAUACCAUCAAAGAAAAAAAAGAAGCUGUAAUUUCUUGUCAAGAACAAUUGGAUGCUUUCCAAGUUCUUGUUAAAUCAUUGAAGUCAUGGAUAAAAGAAACAACAAAAAAAGUUCCCAUUGUGCAGCCUUGUUUUGGUGCAGAGGAUUUAGGAAAAUCUUUGGAAGACACUAAGAAAUUACAAGAAAAGUGGAGUUUAAAAACACCAGAGAUUCAGAAAGUAAACAACAGUGGGAUCUCACUAUGUAACUUAAUAAGUGCUGUGACCACCCCUGCAAAGGCAAUAGCAGCAGUUAAAUCAGGUGGAGCAGUAUUAAAUGGUGAAGGAACAGCCACAAAUACUGAGGAAUUUUGGGCAAAUAAAGGUUUAACAUCCAUUAAAAAGGACAUGACUGACAUAAGUCAUGGUUAUGAAGAUCUUGGCCUCUUACUCAAGGACAAAAUAGCAGAACUGAACACUAAACUCUCCAAAUUGCAAAAGGCUCAGGAAGAAUCAAGUGCAAUGAUGCAGUGGUUACAGAAAAUGAACAAAACUGCAACAAAAUGGCAUCAGACACCUGCACCUACAGAUACUGAAGCUGUGAAGACUCAAGUUGAGCAGAAUAAGUCGUUUGAGGCAGAACUGAAGCAGAAUGUAAACAAAGUACAGGAGUUGAAAGACAAAUUGACAGAGCUGUUGGAGGAGAACCCAGAUACUCCUGAGGCCCCCAGAUGGAAACAGAUGUUGACAGAAAUAGAUUCUAAGUGGCAAGAACUCAAUCAAUUAACAAUUGAUAGACAACAAAAACUGGAAGAAUCCUCCAAUAAUCUAACCCAAUUCCAGACUGUAGAGGCCCAACUGAAACAGUGGCUUGUGGAAAAAGAACUUAUGGUCAGUGUUCUUGGGCCGUUGUCAAUUGACCCAAAUAUGCUAAACACACAAAGGCAGCAGGUGCAGAUUUUGCUGCAAGAAUUCGCCACUCGGAAACCUCAAUAUGAACAGCUCACAGCAGCUGGUCAGGGCAUUCUGAGCAGGCCUGGAGAAGACCCUUCUUUACAUGGGAUUGUGAAAGAGCAACUGGCAGCUGUGACCCAAAAAUGGGAUAGUCUAACAGGGCAAUUGAGUGACAGAUGUGACUGGAUUGACCAAGCCAUUGUUAAAAGCACACAGUAUCAAAGCCUGCUGAGAAGCCUUUCUGAUAAACUGAGUGACUUGGAUAAUAAACUCAGCAGCAGUCUGGCUGUGAGCACUCACCCUGAUGCUAUGAACCAACAGUUGGAAACAGCCCAAAAAAUGAAGCAGGAAAUACAGCAGGAAAAGAAGCAGAUAAAAGUGGCCCAGGCACUCUGUGAGGAUUUGUCAGCACUGGUUAAAGAAGAGUACUUGAAAGCAGAACUUAGUCGGCAACUAGAAGGCAUCUUAAAAUCAUUUAAGGAUAUUGAACAGAAAGCAGAGAAUCAUGUCCAGCACCUUCAGUCAGCCUGUGCAAGCUCUCAUCAAUUUCAGCAAAUGUCUAGAGAUUUUCAGGCUUGGCUGGAUACAAAGAAAGAAGAGCAAAACAAAUCUCAUCCAAUAUCUGCCAAACUCGAUGUCUUGGAGUCAUUAAUUAAAGAUCAUAAAGACUUUAGUAAAACUUUGACUGCUCAGUCUCAUAUUUAUGAAAAAACCAUUGCAGAAGGUGAAAAUCUGUUAUUAAAAACACAAGGGUCUGAGAAGGCAGCCUUACAGUUACAGCUUAAUACAAUUAAAACCAAUUGGGAUACAUUUAAUAAGCAGGUGAAAGAAAGAGAAAACAAGUUAAGAGAUUCAUUGGAAAAAGCCCUUAAGUAUAAAGAGCAAGUAGAGACUCUCCGGCCAUGGAUAGACAAAUGCCAAAACAACCUGGAGGAAAUAAAAUUUUGCUUGGAUCCUGCUGAAGGAGAGAAUUCUAUUGCCAAGUUAAAGUCUCUGCAGAAGGAAAUGGACCAACACUUUGGUAUGGUAGAAUUACUGAACAACACAGCCAAUAGCUUGCUCAGUGUCUGCGAGAUAGAUAAAGAAGUUGUUACAGAUGAGAAUAAGUCACUGAUCCAGAAGGUGGACAUGGUCACUGAACAACUUCACAGUAAGAAAUUCUCUCUGGAGAGCAUGACUCAGAAGUUUAAAGAAUUUCAAGAAGUUUCCAAAGAAUCUAAAAGGCAGCUUCAGUGUGCAAAGGAGCAGCUAGAUAUCCAUGAUUCCCUGGGAUCCCAGGCUUACAGUAACAAAUACCUGACCAUGUUGCAGACUCAGCAGAAAUCACUUCAGGCCUUGAAGCAUCAGGUAGAUUUGGCUAAAAGACUUGCACAGGACCUUGUGGUAGAGGCCUCAGACUCAAAGGGAACCUCUGAUGUUUUAUUACAAGCGGAAACCAUAGCUCAAGAGCAUAGUACACUAAGUCAGCAGGUUGAUGAAAAGUGUUCUUUCUUAGAAACCAAGCUUCAGGGCAUUGGGCAUUUCCAGAAUACCAUUCGAGAAAUGUUUUCUCAGUUUGCAGAGUUUGAUGAUGAACUGGAUAGCAUGGCUCCAGUGGGGAGAGAUGCAGAAACAUUGCAAAAGCAAAAGGAAACUAUAAAAGCCUUUCUAAAGAAACUAGAAGCCCUCAUAGCAAGCAACGACAAUGCCAAUAAAACCUGCAAGAUGAUGUUAGCCACAGAAGAAACAUCUCCUGACCUUGUUGGAAUCAAAAGGGACUUGGAGGCCUUAAGCAAACAAUGCAACAAGUUACUGGACCGAGCCCAAGCCAGAGAAGAGCAGGUUGAAGGGACAAUUAAGCGUCUUGAAGAAUUUUACAGCAAAUUGAAAGAAUUUUCUAUUCUGCUCCAGAAAGCCGAAGAACAUGAAGAGUCACAAGGUCCUGUUGGUAUGGAAACGGAGACAAUUAAUCAGCAGCUUAACGUGUUCAAGGUAUUCCAGAAGGAAGAGAUUGAACCCUUGCAAGGUAAACAGCAAGAUGUAAACUGGUUAGGUCAAGGCCUUAUUCAGAGUGCUGCCAAAAGCACUAGCACUCAGGGCUUGGAGCAUGACCUGGAUGAUGUCAAUGCACGGUGGAAGACUCUCAAUAAGAAGGUGGCUCAGCGAGCAGCCCAGCUACAGGAGGCCUUGCUGCACUGUGGGAGAUUCCAGGAUGCCCUGGAGUCCCUGCUCAGCUGGAUGGUGGACACUGAGGAGCUUGUAGCCAAUCAGAAGCCCCCGUCGGCUGAGUUCAAAGUGGUAAAGGCCCAGAUACAAGAACAAAAGCUUCUCCAGAGAUUGUUGGAUGACCGAAAAUCUACGGUGGAGGUAAUCAAACGAGAAGGAGAAAAAAUUGCUACAACAGCAGAGCCCGCAGAUAAAGUGAAGAUUUUGAAACAGCUCAGUCUCUUGGAUAGUAGAUGGGAGGCAUUGCUUAAUAAAGCUGAAACAAGGAAUCGUCAGUUGGAAGGUAUCUCGGUGGUAGCACAGCAAUUUCAUGAAACCUUAGAACCACUGAACGAGUGGCUUACAACCAUAGAAAAGAGGCUGGUGAAUUGUGAACCCAUAGGAACCCAAGCAUCUAAACUUGAGGAACAAAUUGCACAGCACAAAGCCUUAGAAGAUGACAUCAUCAAUCACAAUAAACAUUUACACCAGGCUGUUAGCAUUGGCCAGUCCUUAAAGGUUUUGAGCUCCAGGGAGGAUAAAGAUAUGGUGCAGAGUAAAUUAGACCUCUCUCAAGUAUGGUACAUUGAGAUUCAAGAGAAAAGUCACAGCAGGUCUGAGCUCCUCCAGCAGGCCUUAUGUAAUGCUAAGAUUUUUGGGGAAGAUGAAGUUGAACUGAUGAACUGGCUGAAUGAAGUGCAUGACAAACUGAGCAAGCUCUCAGUCCAGGAUUACAGCACUGAGGGGCUAUGGAAGCAGCAGUCUGAACUUCGGGUUCUGCAAGAGGACAUCUCACUCAGGAAACAAAAUGUAGAUCAGGCUUUACUAAAUGGUUUAGAACUACUUAAACAAACCACAGGUGAUGAAGUUUUAAUAAUUCAAGAUAAAUUGGAAGCCAUUAAAGCAAGGUACAAAGACAUUACUAAAUUGAGCACUGAUGUGGCCAAGACUCUGGAACAGGCGCUGCAGCUUGCAAGGCAGCUGCACUCCACACACGAAGAGCUGUGUACCUGGCUGGACAAAGUGGAGGUAGAAUUACUUUCAUAUGAAACUCAGGUUCUGAAAGGAGAAGAAGCAAGUCAAGCACAAAUGAGACAAAAGGAACUGAAGAAGGAAGCUAAGAACAACAAAGCCUUACUGGACUCCCUUAAUGAAGUGAGCAGUGCUUUGCUGGAACUGGUACCAUGGAGGGCAAGAGAAGGACUUGAGAAAAUGGUAGCCGAGGACAAUGAGCGCUACCGAUUAGUGAGCGACACCAUCACUCAGAAGGUGGAGGAGAUCGAUGCUGCCAUUCUGCGAUCACAGCAGUUUGACCAAGCAGCUGAUGCUGAGUUAUCCUGGAUUACUGAAACAGAAAAAAAAUUGAUGUCUCUGGGUGACAUCAGGCUUGAGCAAGACCAGACUUCUGCUCAGCUUCAAGUUCAAAAGACAUUCACCAUGGAGAUUUUGAGACACAAGGAUAUUAUUGAUGAACUUGUUAAAUCCGGGCAUAAAAUCAUGACCGCAUGCAGUGAAGAGGAAAAGCAAUCAAUGAAGAAAAAACUGGACAAGGUACUGAAGAACUAUGAUACCAUCUGCCAGAUUAAUUCAGAAAGGUAUCUGCAGCUGGAGCGGGCACAGUCCCUGGUUAACCAAUUCUGGGAAACAUAUGAAGAACUUUGGCCAUGGCUGACAGAAACACAAUCAAUCAUCUCUCAGCUUCCCGCCCCAGCCCUUGAAUAUGAAACUCUAAGGCAGCAGCAGGAAGAACAUCGGCAACUGCGUGAGUUGAUAGCCGAACACAAGCCUCAUAUAGAUAAGAUGAACAAAACUGGGCCACAGUUACUGGAAUUGAGCCCUGGGGAAGGCUUUUCUAUCCAAGAGAAGUAUGUGGCGGCCGACACCCUUUACAGUCAAAUUAAGGAAGAUGUCAAAAAGCGAGCUGUGGCACUGGAUGAAGCCAUUUCUCAAUCAACUCAGUUCCAUGACAAGAUAGAUCAGAUCCUUGAGAGCCUGGAACGCAUCGUGGAACGUCUGAGGCAGCCACCCUCUAUCUCUGCAGAGGUCGAGAAGAUCAAGGAACAGAUCAGUGAAAAUAAGAAUGUGUCAGUAGACAUGGAAAAGCUACAGCCGUUGUAUGAAACUCUUAAACAGAGGGGAGAGGAAAUGAUCGCUAGAUCUGGGGGGACUGAUAAAGACAUAUCUGCGAAAGCUGUUCAGGAUAAGCUUGACCAAAUGGUUUUCAUUUGGGAGAACAUACACACACUGGUGGAAGAGAGGGAAGCCAAACUACUGGAUGUGAUGGAGCUAGCAGAAAAGUUCUGGUGUGAUCACAUGUCAUUGGUAGUUACCAUUAAAGAUACUCAAGAUUUCAUCCGGGACCUGGAAGAUCCUGGAAUUGAUCCUUCAGUAGUAAAACAACAGCAAGAAGCAGCAGAGGCCAUAAGGGAAGAAAUAGAUGGACUACAGGAGGAGCUGGAUAUAGUUAUUAACCUGGGUUCUGAACUCAUUGCGGCGUGUGGGGAGCCUGAUAAACCCAUUGUCAAGAAGAGUAUAGAUGAGUUAAAUUCAGCAUGGGAUUCUCUAAAUAAAGCUUGGAGAGACCGGAUUGACAAACUUGAGGAGGCAAUGCAGGCUGCCGUUCAGUACCAGGAUGGACUGCAGGCGGUAUUUGACUGGGUAGAUAUUGCAGGUGGUAAAUUAGCUUCAAUGUCUCCAAUCGGAACAGAUCUCGAAACUGUCAAGCAGCAGAUUGAAGAGCUAAAGCAAUUUAAGUCUGAGGCCUAUCAACAGCAGAUAGAAAUGGAAAGACUGAACCAUCAAGCAGAGCUUUUGCUAAAGAAAGUAACAGAAGAGAGUGACAAACACACUGUUCAAGACCCAUUAAUGGAACUGAAAUUGAUAUGGGAUAGCCUGGAGGAGAGAAUCAUCAACAGACAGCAUAAACUGGAGGGUGCUCUAUUAGCGUUGGGUCAGUUCCAACAUGCCCUGGAUGAGCUCCUGACAUGGCUGACACACACCGAGGGCUUGCUAAGUGAGCAGAAACCUGUUGGAGGAGACCCUAAAGCCAUUGAAAUUGAACUUGCCAAGCAUCAUGUGCUCCAAAAUGAUGUAUUAGCCCAUCAGUCCACAGUGGAAGCCGUUAAUAAGGCAGGAAAUGAUCUAAUUGAAUCAAGUGCAGGAGAAGAAGCAAGCAACCUUCAGAACAAGCUAGAGGUUUUAAAUCAACGCUGGCAAAAUGUUUUGGAAAAAACAGAACAAAGGAAGCAGCAGCUGGAUGGUGCCUUGCGCCAGGCCAAAGGGUUCCAUGGCGAAAUUGAGGAUUUGCAGCAGUGGCUGAAUGACACAGAGCGUCAUCUGUUGGCAUCUAAACCGCUAGGAGGUUUACCGGAAACAGCCAAGGAGCAGCUUAAUGUCCAUAUGGAAGUCUGUGCUGCCUUUGAAGCUAAAGAAGAAACAUAUAAGAGUCUGAUGCAGAAAGGCCAGCAGAUGCUUGCAAGAUGCCCAAAAUCUGCAGAGACAAAUAUUGACCAAGACAUAAAUAACUUGAAAGAAAAAUGGGAAUCGGUGGAAACCAAACUCAAUGAAAGGAAAACUAAACUGGAAGAGGCUCUCAACUUGGCAAUGGAGUUCCACAAUUCUCUCCAAGACUUCAUCAACUGGCUUACUCAGGCUGAACAGACCCUGAAUGUAGCUUCUCGGCCAAGUCUUAUCUUGGACACAGUCUUAUUUCAAAUUGAUGAACACAAGGUUUUUGCCAAUGAAGUAAAUUCUCAUCGUGAGCAGAUAAUAGAGCUGGACAAAACUGGAACCCACCUAAAAUAUUUUAGUCAGAAACAAGAUGUUGUUCUAAUCAAGAAUCUACUUAUCAGUGUACAAAGUCGAUGGGAAAAGGUGGUUCAGCGGCUGGUAGAGAGAGGAAGAUCUUUGGAUGAUGCGAGGAAGAGAGCCAAGCAGUUCCAUGAAGCUUGGAGUAAACUUAUGGAGUGGCUAGAAGAGUCAGAAAAGUCUUUGGAUUCUGAACUGGAAAUCGCAAAUGAUCCAGACAAAAUAAAAACACAACUUGCACAACAUAAGGAGUUUCAAAAAUCACUGGGAGCCAAGCAUGCUGUCUAUGACACCACCAACAGGACUGGACGUUCUCUCAAGGAGAAAACCUCCCUGGCUGAUGACAACCUGAAACUGGAUGACAUGCUGAGUGAACUCAGAGACAAAUGGGAUACCAUAUGUGGAAAAUCUGUGGAAAGACAAAACAAAUUGGAGGAAGCCCUGUUAUUUUCUGGACAAUUCACAGAUGCCCUACAGGCUCUCAUUGAUUGGUUAUAUAGAGUUGAACCCCAGCUGGCAGAAGACCAGCCUGUUCAUGGAGACAUUGAUUUAGUGAUGAAUCUGAUCGAUAAUCACAAGGCCUUCCAAAAAGAGUUGGGGAAGAGGACCAGCAGUGUGCAGGCCCUGAAGCGCUCAGCCCGAGAACUCAUAGAAGGCAGUCGGGAUGACUCCUCCUGGGUCAAGGUCCAGAUGCAGGAAUUAAGCACACGCUGGGAGACCGUGUGUGCACUUUCCAUAUCAAAGCAAACACGGUUAGAAGCAGCCCUGCGUCAGGCAGAGGAAUUCCACUCGGUGGUACAUGCCCUCUUGGAGUGGCUGGCUGAGGCAGAGCAAACCCUGCGUUUCCAUGGUGUCCUCCCAGAUGAUGAGGAUGCUCUCCGGACUCUCAUUGAUCAGCAUAAAGAAUUCAUGAAGAAACUGGAAGAAAAGAGAGCUGAACUAAAUAAAGCCACCACUAUGGGCGACACCGUUUUGGCUAUCUGCCACCCCGACUCCAUCACUACCAUUAAGCACUGGAUAACAAUCAUCCGGGCGAGGUUUGAGGAGGUGCUGGCCUGGGCAAAGCAACAUCAGCAGAGAUUAGCAAGUGCUCUGGCUGGGCUUAUUGCCAAACAGGAAUUGUUGGAAGCUUUGCUGGCUUGGUUGCAAUGGGCUGAAACUACACUUACUGAUAAGGAUAAAGAAGUCAUCCCCCAGGAGAUCGAAGAGGUGAAAGCACUCAUUGCAGAACACCAGACCUUCAUGGAGGAAAUGACUAGAAAACAGCCUGAUGUUGAUAAAGUAACGAAGACCUAUAAGAGGAGAGCUGCUGAUCCUUCUUCAUUACAAUCCCAUAUUCCAGUCUUGGAUAAGGGACGAGCAGGAAGAAAACGCUUUCCAGCAUCAAGCUUGUAUCCCUCUGGGUCACAGACACAAAUUGAAACCAAAAAUCCUAGGGUAAACUUACUGGUGAGCAAAUGGCAGCAAGUCUGGCUCCUGGCGUUGGAAAGAAGGAGGAAACUCAAUGAUGCCUUGGACAGACUAGAGGAGCUGAGGGAAUUUGCUAACUUUGAUUUUGAUAUCUGGCGCAAAAAAUACAUGCGAUGGAUGAAUCACAAGAAAUCUCGAGUGAUGGACUUCUUCAGGAGAAUUGAUAAAGACCAGGAUGGGAAAAUAACACGGCAGGAAUUUAUUGAUGGAAUUCUUUCCUCAAAGUUUCCAACCAGUCGCUUGGAGAUGAGCGCAGUUGCAGACAUCUUUGACAGGGAUGGUGAUGGAUAUAUUGACUACUAUGAAUUUGUAGCAGCCCUUCACCCAAAUAAAGAUGCAUAUAAACCUAUCACAGAUGCCGAUAAAAUCGAAGAUGAGGUGACAAGGCAGGUAGCUAAGUGUAAAUGUGCAAAGCGAUUUCAAGUUGAGCAGAUUGGUGAUAAUAAAUACAGGUUCUUCCUGGGAAAUCAGUUUGGAGACUCCCAGCAACUGCGACUGGUCCGGAUCUUGCGGAGUACUGUGAUGGUUCGUGUUGGAGGUGGAUGGAUGGCACUUGAUGAGUUCUUAGUGAAAAAUGAUCCUUGCAGGGUUCAUCAUCAUGGGAGUAAAAUGUUACGUUCGGAAUCAAACUCUUCAAUUACUACUACUCAGCCUACUAUAGCCAAAGGAAGAACAAACAUGGAACUGCGUGAGAAGUUCAUUUUAGCAGACGGUGCCAGCCAGGGUAUGGCUGCUUUCCGACCCCGAGGCCGAAGAUCCCGGCCAUCAUCACGAGGUGCUUCACCCAACAGGUCCACCUCUGUGUCCAGUCAGGCUGCGCAGGGGGCCUCCCCACAGGUCCCUGCCACCACCACACCCAAGAUUCUCCAUCCUUUAACACGCAAUUAUGGUAAACCAUGGUUGACAAACAGCAAAAUGUCAACUCCUUGUAAAGCAGCAGAGUGCUCAGACUUUCCCGUGCCAUCUGCAGAGGGAACGCCAAUACAAGGAAGCAAGCUUCGACUUCCAGGAUAUUUAUCAGGGAAAGGCUUCCACUCUGGGGAGGACAGUGGCUUGAUAACAACUGCAGCUGCCAGAGUCCGAACACAGUUUGCUGAUUCCAAGAAGACUCCUAGCCGACCAGGAAGUCGAGCCGGAAGCAAAGCUGGCAGCAGGGCCAGCAGCCGCCGAGGCAGUGAUGCAUCAGACUUUGACAUUUCAGAAAUCCAGUCUGUGUGCUCAGAUGUGGAAACUGUCCCCCAGACACACAGACCUACACCCCGAGCAGGUUCUCGGCCAUCCACAGCGAAGCCUUCAAAAAUCCCCACGCCCCAGAGGAAAUCACCUGCCAGCAAAUUGGACAAGUCCUCAAAGAGAUAGUGCAAUUGGUUCUACCAAGGCCCUUCCUUGAGCAUUUAUUAUUUAAGUUUGAACGAUGUAAAAUAUGGUGUAGAAAUUCUUGUGAAAUAUUGCAAGAGGCGAGUUUAAAAUUCUGCAGAUGGCCUUAUUUGUGUAUUUGUCUUUUUAUUUUAUCUGUAUAAUUUUUUUUGUCAGAUAUUCUGGGGUUAAAGUCACAUCAUAUGUGAGGAGGAAAAGUUUAACAUGAACUAACAUUUCUGCACUGUAACGUGCAGGGCACACACUAAACUCAGUUACUGUACCUACAGGUAAGUCUACAUCCUCUCUGACAGCCACGGCACUACAUCAAUCCCUGACGUUAGGGAUACCUCAUGACAUUUUCCUGUUUUUAUGGAAACUCUGAGAAGCUGAAUGAUACGUGCAGGGGAUAUUUUUUGAGAUGAUUUAAAUGUAAACUAAAAGAUGGAAGACAGAAAGACAAACACACCCACACACAGUCUUUGCAGUAUCUGACAGAGAACUCACAGGAAGUUACUUCAAGCACUUCCCAGUACUAUGAUACUCAAGUACCUUGCAGCAUUUCUGUGCCAUUGCUUUCAGUGAGGCCAGAGGCAUCCUGGAUAUUAGACCUAUUAUACUGUAAGAAUAUAAGUAUAAAGUGCAUUCAUAUACAUGUGAGGUUUUCUUUUGCUUGAGUGGACAGUAGCACCUGUAUCAUUGAACUCAUUUUGUAUCAGAGCAAUUUUGCUUGCAGAAAGCUAUGAAAUAAAACACGUCCCUUAACUGCAUUGCUAUGGAAUUAAUUUUUUUUCCCCAGGGAAAAUUCGUGUAUUUUUUUAUGAGCAAUAUCAAUUUGGAGUGACCAAAAGAUACUUAAAAAUGGGUUUAUUUUGAUUUCUCAUCUGAAAUAAUCAUGUUCUGGUAUUAUAUCUAUCUAUAUUUAAUAAAUAUAUACAUUUUAAUUUAUUAUGUAUACUCACAUACUAUAGAAAGAUAUUAGUAUGCAUUUAAUAAAACAUAUUCACUUGAA